AUGCUUGGAUUUGACGUCGUGGAUUCCAUCGCUGUGUUGCAUUUGGACGAUCUCUAUGCUGAUCAUUCUUUUGAGAUCAAGUGUAUGAAGACACUUCAUGGCGAGAACCUCUCCCAAGCUAGUGGCAUGCUUUCCAGGAAAGGAGGCAAGACAAAUUUUGCCAUUGAAAAUUCUACAAAGACUCGGAUUGUCAUUGCAGACACUAAGAUCCACAUCUUGGGAACUUUCUUGAACAUUAAGGUUGCGAGAGAUUCACUUUCUAGUAUAGGUUUAGGUUCAGCAGCUAGUAAAAUCUACUCCAAACUUGUAGCUGUCUCUGCUAGAUUGGCAGAAAAGUAUCAACAUUCUAUUUAUAUCAGAGUGUGCUAUCUUUGUCCUGAUGUAAUAGUG